AUGGCAAAUCGUACCGUUUCAGACGCGAUUGCGGUACAUGGAACAAAUCCUCAAUAUCUUAUUGAAAAGAUAAUAAGAACAAGAAUUUAUGAAUGUCUUUAUUGGAAAGAAUCAUGUUUUGGUUUAACUGCUGAGACGUUAGUUGAUCGAGCGGCCGUACUAUCUAGUUUCGGAGGUCAAUAUGGAAAUCAAAAACCAACUGAAUUUCUUUGUUUAACUUUGAAAUUACUUCAAUUACAACCAAGUAAAGAAAUUAUUAUAGAAUUUAUUCGGAAUGAAGAUUUUAAGUAUUUACGAGCUCUUAGUGCAUUUUACUUGAGACUCGUGGGAACAUCAAUUGAAAUUUAUCAAAAUCUCGAACCUUUAUUAAAUGAUUAUAGAAAAUUACGAAAACAAUCAUUAGAUGGAGAAUUUUCAAUCGUAUGUAUGGAUGAGUUCAUUAAUGAAUUAUUACGCGAAGAUAGAGCAUGUGAUAUUAUAUUGCCAAGAAUAACAAAACGACAUGUAUUGGAGGAAAAUGGAGAAUUAAAGCCACGAGAGAGUGUUCUUCAAGAACUUUUGGAUGAAGACGAUGGAUCCAUAUCGUCAUCAAGUCAAGAGGUUCAAGACGUUCAAGAAAAUGAAAACGUUCAAGACGUUCAAGAAAAUGAACAAUCAAAGGAUUUAGAUAUAAAUAAAGAAAGGGAUAAAAGAAUCGAAAUGAUAUAUUUGGUUAUAGAUAUACCAUCAAACCGUAGACGACAACGCACACGUUCGAAAGGUAGAUCACGGUCUCGUUCAAGGAAUCGAGGGUAUGAUCGAUACGAGCCAAUCUAUCGUAGAAGAUAUUCAAGUCGGGAAAGGUAUAAGGCAUCAUCAUACCGUCCUAGUCGUCAUCGUAAAAGAUCACGUUCUAAAAGUGAAUAA